GUCAGUAGGGCUGCAUUCCUUUCCGGGGGCUCUGGGAGAGGAUACGUUUCCCUCCGUUUCCAACUUCUAGAGGCCGCCUGCAUUUCUUGACUCAUGGCCCCUUCCUUCAUCUUCAAAGACAGCAACUGCAUCGCUCUGACCCCUGCUUCUGUUGUCAUACCUCCUUCUCUGGCUCUGGUCCCCCUGCCUCCCCCUGGUAAGUAUGAUCAUAAGAAUCACCCCUGUGAUUCUACUGGGAUCACCCAGAUAAUCCAGGAUCCUAUCCCACCUCAACGCUCUUAACUUAACCGCAUCUGCAACUUUCCUUUUGCCACGUGAGGUACCAUAUUCAUAGGUUCCAGGGAUUAGGACGUGGACAUUACUCCGCCUACCACAGCCAUGGCCUUGCCAGCCCAUCAGUGACCUGCCCCACUGGUCCUCUGCUCAAGCCCAUUCUACUCUCCCCUUUGAACUCCCUGCUCCAGCCACAUGAACUUUUAAUUUCUGAAACCUGCCCUUUCUGCUCCUCCAGUCCUGGCCCAGGCUGACUCUGCUGCCUGGCAAACCUUUCCCCGCCUCUUCACCUGACUAACUCCCACUCAUCUGCAGCCUUGGCUUUUUCUGGAAGCUUCCGACAACCUCUUCUACUCCUUGCAUGUUCUUCCAGACUUUGUUAGAGGCUGCAGUGCCAUCCUCCAUGGUUCCUGGCCCCAAAAUACUAUUGUUUGUUUGGUUCUCUUCUCUUCCACAUGUAAGCUCUCAGAGGGCAGAGGUGAGUGAUAAGGGCAGCUCCGCACUUGGCACAGAAGAGGGAACUUAAACUCCUUGCCGAAUGAAUGUAAUUUCACAAUAGAAUGCAAGUAGUCUUACUCCAUAGGUGUCAUCUUAAAAGCGUUCAUCAUUCAGUCAAUGAGUGCUGACUUUGUAAGUACUGAGCCAUGGGGGCUAAAAUAAGGGAAAAACAUUUGAACGUUACGGUUGCAGUGGUAUGACCAUAAGGACCCGAAUAACCAUCUUCCCCUUCAGGGAAAUGGACUUGGAGGUCAGCGAGCCAGUAGACUUCAGUACCGGAGAUCACCAGCAUCUGGUCCGGAAAGCAGGAGACGAUAGCGCCCAGCCCGAAUCUAAAGAGACCAAGGCAACGCCACCUUCACCUGGGCCCAAGCAAACACAUGGGAAACCAAAGCCAAAGACCGACCAGCGAGCGGAUUUUUACGUGGUGGAAAUUUCAGAUGAGACCACCCCUGAAGAGAGCAAUGCUGAAGCCAGCCCAUUCUCAGAAGCAUCUAUCCGCAGAGGUUUCAUUGUAAAAGUGUUCCUCCUCCUGUCUGCUCAGCUGGUGCUCACUGGGGCAAUCAUUGCUGUAUUUAUUUUCUGGCCAGGUUUAAAAAACUGGGUGCACAGGAAUCCCUGGUUCACCUAUGCAAUCUUCCCCGCAUUCUUCGGGGUGCUCAUCGUGCUCGCCUGCUGUGAGGAUCUCCGCCGCCAGGUGCCUGCGAACUACAUUCUCCUGGGAUUGUUUACAUUUUUGCAAGGUCUGAUGCUGGGAGCCGUGUCAGUUUUCUAUGAUGUCGAUGAGGUGUUAUGGGCCAUAGGGGCAACCGCUCUGGUGACGUUAUCGCUCACUUUAUUUGCUCUCCAAACAAAACUGGACUUCACCCUGCUCAAUGGAGUGCUGUUCGUCGCGCUGGUCGUGCUUUUUAUCUACGGAAUCAUCUUAAUCUUCAUUCGGUCAUACUGGUUGCACCUGUUGUAUGCUGCACUCGGAACUGUGCUCUUCUCACUUUACUUGGUGAUGGAUGUGCAGCUGUUGAUAGGGGGGAGCCAUCAUGUGAAGCUGGACCCUGAAGAGUAUGUGUUUGCUGCUCUGAACAUCUACUUGGAUAUAAUCAACCUUUUUAUUUUUAUUUUGCAAUUGAUUGGACGGUAGGCCCAUGGCCAAGGCUAGCUUGUGCUGACCAGAGGGAAGGAGGGCAUCUGCGAAGUGCCGCCAGGCUCAGACAUGCAGAGGUGGCCAUCUCAUAAGCCCUGUGAUUAAAAUAAAUAUUUUAGAGUACUUAUUUUUUUUUCAAAUGAAAGCAAACAUUCAGUUGAUGGUAGCUGUAACUUGUUAUAUAUUUUAAGUUCCAUUGUCACAUUGCAAA